CACACACUGACUUCGCCUCAUUCGUAAAGAGUGAAAGCUGCUUAACAAAAACAAAGCGCAACACUUUUGAGCUACCAAAACCCUAAUUCUUCUUGAGUUUGCCUCCCUGUGUUCUUCGCGCAGAAACCUCGCUUUUUUCGUCCAGUAAUUUAAGCUUGCAAGGAUGGUGAGGACAAGUGUUUUGAACGAUGCUCUCAAAACUAUGUACAAUGCUGAAAAGAGAGGCAAGAGGCAGGUGCUCAUUAGGCCUUCCUCAAAAGUGAUUAUCAAGUUUCUCAUUGUCAUGCAAAAGCACGGUUACAUUGGAGAAUUUGAGUAUGUUGAUGACCACAGAUCUGGAAAGAUUGUGAUUGAACUGAAUGGAAGAUUAAACAAGUGUGGUGUUAUCAGCCCUCGUUUUGAUGUCGGAGUCAAAGAGAUUGAGUCCUGGACAGCAAGGUUGCUUCCCUCCAGACAGUUUGGAUAUAUUGUCCUAACAACUUCGGCUGGCAUCAUGGACCACGAAGAGGCUAGAAGAAAGAAUGUUGGAGGCAAGGUGCUUGGCUUCUUUUACUGAUGAGAAGGUUCCAUGGAUUGACUUCAAAUUUUGGAUCAGUACUACAACUUUGAAUAUUUUUGCCUACUCCUAUUUUCUUCAUGUUUUGAAUGUAGUGCCCCGUUUUAAUAUAUCUAGUUUUUCUUGUGUGUACUCUGGUGUGCUUUUUCCUAUCAAAUUUAAUGAGAAUUGAGAACUAAAAUUUUACUUGCGAGUUGAUGAACUUCAUGCAUCUCUCAAUGAAGUGUUCCACAUUUUGUCA